AUGUAUCGUAUAUUAUUAGACUUAAUACCUCUUCAUGAAAGACACACAGAAAUUAUACUAGCGAAUACUAUUUAUAAUAUUAUAAAUGAUUUUGAUUUUGGAGAAAAAAUUAUAUCAGUAAUUACAGAUAAUGCUUUGAAUAUGGAUAUGUUUGAACAUGAAUUUGCAUAUGCUGUUACAUUACUCGAACUAAUUUAUCAUGCAACAAACCUUUCUUCAUCAAGCUAUCCAACAUUUGGAGAUCUUCAUAUGGUGUUUCCUAUUAUUGCAAAUACAAUAAAUAAUAUUUGGAAUGAUAAUAAUAUAUUACAACAAGUUGCACAAAAGAUGAAAAAAAAAUUAGAUAAAUAUUGGAACAAGCUUAAAACUACCUUUAAUAAAGCUGUAAUUCUUGACACAAAUAACAAGCUAAUGUCAUUCGAUAAUGAAGGAAAAAGAUCAGAAACUUCUCGUGAUUAUUUUCGCAAAAAAUAUAGUGUAUCUAUAAAUCAUGAUGAUAUUCUUAAAGAAUAUCUUGAUUUAUCUGUUGAAGAAAUUAAUAUUCUUGAUUACUGA